UGGUCUUUUUUGUCUUCUUGAAAAAACAGUGACAGAAUUUCCCCAAAAGGGAGGUAGACACCCCCCGAGAACAGAUUUCCCAAUAUUUAUUUUAAUUUAAACCCAGAGUGUUAUUAUACCCUCUGGCCUCCCGGCCGUUCCUCUGAGGCCAGACCCUCAAUUAAGUGGCGUGGUGCAAACCUCCCCGGGUUUGGCAGCGGCGCGGGGUGCUAUGUUUGUGCACCAAAUCUGCCGGCAUUGAAGUUUGGGGGUUUUCUGGCACACGCUGCCGGGCUGGCGUCACUCUGGGCAGGGCGGCGACUGGCUUGGGAGGGGGCAAAAAUAGACCUUAUAUCCCAGCAGGGCAGCGGCAGGAGGAAAUCUGUGCCGGCUGACUCCACGGGUAGCCAUCGGUGCUGUGGCAGGAGAAAGCAGCCAUGAGGACCGCCCUGGUCUUCGCCUGCCUGGUGGGUAUGGCGUGUGCCUUCUCGGUGUUCAAGAACAGGCACCGGUAUUACCUGUACAGAUAUGUCUACGUGCAUCCCCUGCAGCAACGGUACCAGGGCACUGACUCAUCAGAGGAAGAGGGGGAUGGCUCGGAGGAGGAGGAGGAGGAAGCGGGGCAGGAGCCAUCCCAUGCUGGCAUGGAGGCAGCUGGCCACCCCGCCGGAGCAGCCCCUGGGGACAGCCAGGGCAGGCUGGGAGGAGACAUCACUUCUCCCCAGCAGGGCAAGAGCUGCCAAGGACCCCUGAAGGGGGGCAGGAGCAGCACUGCCAGCAAGGGGGGUGACUCUGAAAAUGAAGACAGCGAUGAGAAUGAGGAGGAGGAGGAGGAGGAGGAAGAGGUGGCCGAGAAAGAGAAUGGCAUCAAUGGCACAAGCACCAACACCACUGAGGAGGCAGAUGGACCUCACAGCAAUGGCACCGCGGUGGCUGAGGAGAGCACUGGCACAGCUGAGGAGGAGGAGGAAGAGGAAGAGGAAGAAGAAGAAGAGGAAGAGGAGGAGGAGGAAACCGAAGUGACCACCAUCACCAGCACCACCGGUGAAGAUGGGCUGUCCCAGGCAACAACCAUGGGAGAUGGGGGACCCACAGAUGCCACCACAGUUGGGGAGCAGUGGGAGUAUGAGGUGACGGCUGCGGACCACAGACGGGGGGAGGAGGGCACCACCGAUGGCAGCUACAGGGAGCAGGAUGAGUACGCCCGUGGGGACAGCUACCGGGCCUAUGAGGACGAAUACGGCUACUACAAGGGGCACGGCUAUGACGUGUACGGCCAGGAUUAUUACUACAGCCAGUGAGUGGGCAGGGGGGCAGCCCCGGUGCUGCCCCCCUCCUGCCCCAUCCCACUCAGGAACAUGUAUCCAAAGGCUCACUGCAGCUGCUGCAUGCCAGAGGGGACACCAGGAGGCUUGCAGUGUGCACCGGCUCUGUCCCAGGCUUUUUUUUGUAUCUCACAAAGCAAAAUGAAAUAAAGCAACUGAACUGA